GCUCACGAGAAAAGUUUAACAAUUUUCAAUUUGAUGUAGAAUUUAAUUCUGUUGUAACUUUAGAAAAAGCAGAAAAAAUUGUAUUCGAAAAAGAUGCAAAAUAUAUUUUAACUACUUCUGAGAAUAUCGACAACAAACCUGCAGAUAUAAUUGAAUAUCCAGAUAUUAUUGAAAAACUUAAACAUCGUGAUA